UCCAAUCAGAAGGCCCAGGCUGGACUGACCUGCGAUCGGAUGGUGGCGGCGGCAGGAGGUGGCGGCAGCGAUGAGAAGCUGCUGGACGUCUGAACUGGACAGACCCGUGACCCUCUGGUGUGUUGACCUCUGACCUCCACCAUGAGCUCCAGGGUGUGCCGGACGUGUGGCGGGUCCGACAUUGACGUGGAUCAGGCACGGGGCAGCGCGGUGUGCACCGGCUGUGGCUCGGUUCUGGAGGACAACAUCAUCGUCUCCGAGGUUCAGUUUGUGGAGGGAAGUGGAGGAGUGUCUUCAGCUGUGGGACAGUUUGUGUCUGCUGAUGGUCCGGUUAAGGCCCCCCUUCUAGGUUCGGGUUUUCACACCAGUGUUGGGAAAGAGUCCAGAGCCCAGACCCUGCAGGGUGGUAAGCGUCAGAUCCAGCAGCUGGGCAGUCAACUGCAGCUCAAUCAGCACUGCUUGGACACGGCCUUCAACUUUUUCAAGAUGGUGGUCAGCAAACACCUGACCAGAGGACGCAAGACCGAGCACGUCAUCGCCGCCUGCCUCUACCUGGUGUGCCGCACAGAGGGGACGCCACACAUGCUGCUGGACCUCAGUGACCUGCUGCAGGUGAACGUCUACAUUCUGGGUAAAACAUUCCUGCUGUUGGCUCGAGAGCUCUGCAUCAACGCUCCUGCCAUUGACCCUUGUCUGUAUAUCCCUCGUUUUGCUCAUAUGUUGGAGUUCGGGCUGAAGACUCAUGAGGUCUCCAUGACGGCUCUUCGUCUGGUCCAGAGGAUGAAGAGGGACUGGAUGCACACGGGACGCCGUCCAUCUGGUCUCUGUGGAGCAGCGCUGCUGGUGGCAGCUCGGAUGCACAAGUUCCGUCGUACAGUGAAGGAUGUUAUCAGCGUUGUGAAGGUCUGCCAGACAACUCUAAGGAAAAGAUUAACAGAGUUUGAAGACACGCCCACCAGUCAGCUGACAAUUGACGAGUUCAUGAAAGUAGAUCUGGAGCAAGAAUGUGAUCCACCUUCCUUCACCGCCGGACAGCACAAAACCAAGAUGCAGCAGCUGGAACACGAGCUGGCCAGGAAGCUGGAUGAGGUUGAAGGAGAGAUCAGCUGCUACAAAGACGAGAUCGAGACGGAGCUGGAGAAGAGCCGACCGAAACUUGGAGGAAUCUACACUGCCUACUCCAAAGAAAUCGACCCCGAUGACGUUGAGGUCUCGACCAUGACCUCUGAACCUGAGGUAACGGAGAUGGAAGACUCAGAUCUCCAAGCUGCCACCCAACACCUGACCCAGAACUUCCUAUGUGAAGUGAUCCAGGAUGAAGAGGGUCAGGGCAAGAAGCCAGAUGACAGUGAUCAGGAGGCGGGGUCCGACGAGGAAGGGGCGGGGCCUCACCUUCAGGCUCCUCUGGCCGUCAUCCUGGGCAAACUACCGAGUGCAGCCGGGCGGAGCCUCGAACAGGCCUUCCAGCCCUUUACAGAUUCGGAACAGGGCGACAGAACAGAUGGCGAGCAGUCGGAGUGUGGAGAGUUGGACCUGAAGGACAUUGAUGAUCAGGAGAUCGAUAAGUACAUCCUGAAUGAUCAGGAGGUUGAGGUGAAGACGGAGCUGUGGAUGAAACAGAACGCAGAAUACUUGAAGGAGCAGAAAGAGAAAGAAGAGCGGAUCAGGAAGGAGAAGGAACAAGGGACCUAUAAAGAGAAACCGAAGAAGUCCAAGAGGAAGAAGGAGCAGAUCCAGGCGUUGACGGCGGGGGAGGCCAUCGAGAGGAUGCUGGAGAAGAAGAAGAUCUCCAGUAAGAUAAACUAUGAGGUCCUCAGAGACCUGAACAGCAGAGGGACAGGAAGUGGGGGAGGCAGCAGUCCCACUGGAGUGACCUCCGACCCCCCAAACACUGCCGCCGCCACACGGAAACGACUCACCCGCCGCCGCCGCAAGAAGACCAGCGAUGCUAACCGAGAGCUAGCGGCUACUACCAGCAUCAUGGGGAAGAGGGUACGACUCAUUCUAUCCUCCACACCGAAGAAGAAGAAAACAACCGUCCAGGCAGAAAACCCCGUCCCCGUGACAACAGAUGUCCCAACAGAGGCUUCGCCUGCAAAUCCUGCACCCGAGCCAGACCAAAGCUCUGCCCCUUCUGCUCCGCCCACUGUGGUGGAGGAGGAAGAGGAGGAAGAGGAGGUGGAGGAGUGUGUCAGCGCGCUGCAGCUCGUAGGAGAUUACGGGUGUGAAGAGGAGGAAGUCUUCUAGCUUUGUCCUGCUGACCUUUGACCUCCAGCGAAUAAACCAUCUAGUUAACCUGAGGCAGCUCUAUUGAAACAAUUUUACAGAAAUGAUUAAUAUUGGCGAUAGCUUGAACAUGUUACGUUAGCACUGACGGUAGACUUUUUUUGUGGAUUUUUAACACUGAUCUUUUUUUAUUGAUCCCUAUGAAUGUAAAUAUGAAAACUCUCAUUCCUGUAAAAUAUGUCCAUCCAAAGUUAAACUUCUUUAAUGUUUGAACUGUUUGUGUUUUUAGGGUUUUAACUGUAUCCUUUUUUUAAACAAUUGUGUGUACUGAAGUAUUUUUACUUGUUAUAUUAUGAUUAUGUACUGAAAAAAGGAAAAACACAUUGAGAGAAUAAAGAAACUAUGAAAGUAGAA